ACGCCGGGCCAUUCCGGCCUUGCCUCCCGCUCCGCCGUCACGCCCUCUUCCACUCCUCCCCCAUAACGCUCCACGUAACUUCCGCUAAAAGUUCAAUUUCCGAACAGGACGUUCGACAGCAAGAACCGGAGGAGCGCCUCACUACCAAAGAACAAGAAGACGAUCAAAAUCAAGACCAACGGACGCCCGAAGUCAGAGACAGUUCGAAGAUUGAAAAUGUUGCUCUCGGUGUAAAUUUUGAUUGAAGUGCCUCUGCUGCUGAUGGGUCUGCUUUGCCUGAGCUGCCGGGUCUUCAGCCAGAUUUCUGGGAGGGUCCACAAUGGGACGUUCUCGGCUUUUUUGUGCAGUAUCUGUGGGCUUUUGGCAUUGUUUUCGCGUUAAUUGCAUGUGGGAUUGCUGUGGCUACAUAUGACGAAGGGGCAACCGAUUUUAAGGAGACACCGGCAUAUAAAGAGUCUAUCCAAUAUCGAGAGUUAUUAGAAGAACCUGAGGCAUCUAAUUCAGACGUCUUUGAAUCGAAUCCGAUAGAAGUUGCUCCGAGUCUAGAAUAGUUGAAUCUAAGAAAAGGUCAAUACAUUUGGGACAAUGUGUGCUUUCAGGCAAAUCUCAAUCAAAUUGAAGGUAUUGUCUUUGAUUUGUGAGGUACUGUAUGUAAUAUCUCUCUGUAAUGUGUCUGUACAAUUUUUAGUUGUCUGCAUUAAGUAAAAGCAUAGUUGAGAUAUCUGUAUACUAAUCGCAGGCGUUUUCAUGUACGUGUGCUUUGAGGUUCUAAGAAUAUGAGCUUUUUAAGCAGUUUUCAACUUGAAAAAAUCAAAAUGCUGGAUACAU